AGAGAAAUCUUCAGUGCGGUCCUUUGUAGUCACUCAGUUUCUAUGAUAAACAAUAUUUUGCAAAAUGCCAAGUAUGCCUGUAAAAUUGUCUGUAUAUGGACUGUUAAAUGACUUAACAUUCCAUGUUUCAAAAUGCUGUGCAGAGGACUUAUAUAAGAAGGACCCCAGGACAUUCAAUGAGCCAGAAAUUGUUGGCAUGUUAGAAUUUGAUUGGGAUAUGUUUAUUGAUGAAAAAAGAAAGGAACUUGGAGGUGAAACCUGGGUAUUCAGUGACAAAGCUAUAGCAUUUGGCAACAAUGAACUUAUUGGAGGACCCAUAGACUUCAUUGAGUGGGCUCGGGUUCACUACAACUAUGAGGACUUCAGGGCCGAAGCUCUCUAUGAAGCAAUCACAGAGCAAGCAUACAAGGGACACCUCAAUGCUAGAAAUCGCAAGUAUGUGUACAUGGAUAUUACUAUUGAUGAAGAGCCUGCAGGAAGAUUGCUUAUAGAGCUGUUCACAGAUAUCGUGCCCAAGACGUGUGAGAACUUCAGAGCACUUUGUACAGGAGAGAAAGGAACAUCAGAAAAAUCAGAACAGAAACUUCAUUAUGAAUCCAUUUUGUUUCACAGGAUAGUGAGAAAUGGGUGGAUUCAGGGUGGAGAUAUCUGGAAACCUUGCUCAGGUGAUGGUGGAGAAUCAAUAUAUGGAGACGUAUUUGAAGAUGAGAACUUUGCUGUAUCCCAUUCCAAGCGUGGCAUGGUAGGAAUGGCAAACAAGGGUCGACACACAAAUGGCUCACAGUUCUACAUCACAUUACAACCAGCAAAAUGGAUGGAUACCAAAUAUGUGGCCUUUGGUCAAGUCAUAGAAGGCACAGAGACACUUAAAAAGAUGGAGGCAGAAGAAACCAUGAAUGAGAGACCAAUGAAGGAAAUCAAGAUCGCACACUGUAAUGAAGUUACAUUUGAGUUUUAGAUACUGUUCUUGGAUGGACAUCCUUCAAACUCUGUGAUACUGACAAUAAAUAGACCAGCUGUUCAAGAUGACAUGUUUAUGAAAAAAUAUUGACUGUAAUUCCUGUGUUCUUGUUCAAAGAUAGGCUUACAUUCAACUGUGAAAAUGUUAGCGUAAUUCUCACAUAGUUCAAUUUUUUUAUACGAGUGGACAAUAUUGUCUGGACCUUUUAUUAAUUUUUUUCUUUAAUUAAGCUGUGUAGAAUUGGUGGUUCUUCACUUUGUGUAUAUGUAUCAUUGUAUGUGAGAGAGAAAGAGAGGGAGGAGACAAAUUUUCUUGGACACAUUCAUGUAUAUACAACAGAUCUUGUACAAUUUUGAUACAGAAUAAAAUUACUUGUUAUUUAACCAUUUA